CCCGUGUUUACUGAUGCGGGGACGAGAGGCCUGCUACUGCCCCAGUAGAAUUGACGGCGCGCUCCUGUAGAUACACUCGCCAGUGAUGAUACCGACAACACUGCGUACACACGUGCUCCUUUGCGAUACCUGUCACACAUGACGUAAGGCUAUCUACCUGCGACUUUCGCUUUGGCAUUCAGGGAUUUACAAUUAUUUCCAAAAUGGAGAAACACAGGACGGAUGGAGUUAAAAAGAAAUCGGUGAAGUGCUCUCGGUACAAUGUUUUUGUUAUAGGCCUAUCGUUUUUUGUGGCAGCAGUGCUGGCCUCAUUGAUAUGGAGUCUGGCUUCCUAUCAUCAAACUCUCGUUCUUUUACAGAGUCGGGUGGCAAAACUCGAGGAUGAUCGCAUUAAUUACGAGAGAAAUAUUGAAAAUAUUGUGAAAGAAAGGGUGGACAUCGAAUUCAAGAAGCAUUUUGACAGUUUAUCUAGAGGGCAGGAGAAGCACAAGCGCGUGGCCCGUCAGGCCUCAUGUCCAUGUACACAAGGACCAAAGGGAGAAAAGGGAGAUACUGGAAUACGGGGUUAUCCGGGCAUGAAGGGGAUCAAGGGAUAUAAGGGCAGCAGAGGACCUAUGGGUUUCCGUGGUUACGCUGGAUUCCCGGGACCAAUAAGCGAGGGAAAUCAAGGUCCUCAAGGUGUACCUGGACUCAAGGGAGAGAAGGGAAUACCAGGCCCCAAGGGAGACAAGGGUAACGAGGGACUGCCUGGAUAUGAUGGUGCUAUUGGACCAAAGGGUAUCAAGCGGUCUGUACGAUUCCAUGAGGGCCUAAAUACAGGAUACAAAGAGAUCAUACCGCUCAAGGGAGGAGAAUAUGAAGUGAUCACAAUUAAGGGGGAGCCAGGAGUACCAGGUCAAGCAGGGGCUGAGGGACCAGCGGGACCCCCAGGACCCAAAGGCAAUCAAGGUCUGCCUGGUUAUGAUGGUAUGAAAGGAGACAAGGGAGAUUCAGGAGCCCCGGGACCACAAGGACCAAGAGGACCAUCUGGUAGAGAUGGGCGACCUGGAGCUCCAGGUGAAAUGGGUCUUCCAGGAUCGGCCGGACACAAGGGUGACCAAGGGGAGCGUGGACGACGUGGAAAAAGGGGUAAGAAGGGGAAGAAAGGCCGAUCUGGUCGGCCUGGGCCUAAAGGGGCUUCUGGCAAGCCUGGACCCUCAGGGGAAGCAGGUUCCAAAGGAGAAAAGGGGGAAAUCGGGAAAAAAGGGUUUCAGGGUGAGCGAGGUACUCCAGGCAUACCAGGGAAGGAUGGCAAGCCCGGGCCUAGAGGCAUUCCUGGUGUGAAGGGUGAGCUGGGUGAGGAAGGACCUCAGGGUCAGGUUGGUCGGGAUGGACUAAUCGGACCCCCAGGACUCCCAGGGCCCCCCGGAGAGCCAGGAAUUAUAGAGGGAAAAGGAAUGGAAGGCACCAUUAUUCAAAGGGUUCUGCCAGGACCUCCCGGCCCAGCUGGCCCUCAGGGACCUAUGGGACUAGAUGGUGCCCCUGGUAUAAAGGGAGAGCGAGGACCAGUGGGACCAAAAGGAGGGUCUGGAGGAAAAGGUGAUCGGGGCCUGACGGGACCAAUGGGAUUACCUGGAGAGGCAGGACCGCAAGGGGACAAGGGAUUUCAAGGAAACGAAGGCAGUGUGGGGCCAAUGGGCCCACCAGGACCAUCUGGUGCAGUGUUGACAACAGGAGGGGCAGAAGCAUGUACUUGUAAGGGAGAGAAAGGUGACAGAGGAAUCCGAGGAAAGCGGGGAAGAAGAGGAUUAAAGGGAGAAAUGGGGGAGACGGGAAGUCCAGGAUUGGAUGCUCCCUGUCCCAUAGGGAACAAUGGGCUCCCCCUCCCAGGGUGUGGAUGGAAUAAACCGCCCUUUGAGGGUCAGAAUGGAUGUUCUGUUGACCAAAAUGGUGUUACUGUACCAGGAUGUCCUUACAAUUAGCAUGUAGCAGUUAUACAGUGAGUAAGCACCAGAGAAGAUUAAACAGAUUAAACAACAUUAAGCUGUGUGAACUCUGUUCUUCACAUAGGAUAUUUCCAGGGCCAGUAAGGACAGCUACUCACUGUAGAACACUGAAUGGAUCAGUCACAUCAAAGGACUUUAUUUUCUGUGUAAUACCUAUUUUUAGCAUGGUCUUACCAGGGUUUUCUGUGUAAUACCUAUUUUUAGCAUGGUCUUACCAGAGUUUCUUUCCAUUCUUUGCUGGUGAUAUUUUACUUCAAAUGUGACAAAAAUGGAUCAAAUACUGCUACACACAUUACCUGCCAGUACUGAAAUUUGUUGAUUACACAAACAAUUCGAUUUUUUCUUGUUUUUUUUUCUGUUUCUUGCUCACUUUAGGGAGAAUGGGUUAAAACUUAUCGCCAGUCCAAAUAGUUUAACAUUUUCCUUAAAUUCAUAAUGAAGAAAGUGUUGCAGGCACAAAUUUAACCGCGAGGAAAAAUUACAAGCAAGUAGAAUAAUAUAGUCUUGGUGAGUUCGAGGACAGGUGUUCUAACAAGUGUUGUACCUGAUAUAGAACUGCCAUAUAAGGCCCUGAUAUAUGUAUAUAAGUUCUAACCUAUUUUUAAGUAAUAACCAGUGGAUAAGAGAUCAUGAGAACUUUAGAGAAACCUAUAAUAAUAUAGAAGAUAAGAUGGGUAUAUAUCAAAUUUGUUCCGAUAGGUGCUUCAAUAAAAAUGAAUUAUUUUUCUGUUUAGUAAUCCUAGAUAUUGGUAAAUUUCCACCAGGCUUUUUGUUCUGUUCUCCUUCUAACCCCUGGCAUUGAAGAUAGAUGAUAAAGUGUCUGUUGUUAGCAUCAACAUCAUUCCAGGGUAGGUUAGAAAAUAUCCGGCAAGGACAGGAUUCUAGUAUUGUCAGUACAAUAUAACACCACCUAAUGUGAUAGAGGCUGAUGAUAUGUUGUCAAGAUAAGAGAUUAUAGCUCGCAUAUCAAUGGCAAAAGAAAAAAAACUAGCAUGACUUAUAUAAAACUGAUCAAGAAUAAAAACAUCAGAUCUUCUGAAAAUUUCUAAGUAAAGAUAGGUUGUCAUAAUGUAAUGAAGAAUUGUUCCAGGCUAAUUACCACAUAUGAAGACAUUGAGUUUAUACCUCUUGUAUAUAAAUCAUUAUAAUAAAUGUUGCUUUGUUGUUAUAUAUUUGCAAUUUCAUAUGUAAAUUUUGGAGGUCAAUGUUAAAUUUUGUACAGAAGAUGUAAUGAUAUUGAGUUUUAACAUUAAUCAUUAUUAAGUAUAUUAUAUUGUAGUAAAGCGUCACUGAAAAGUACCAUGUAUGUAUCCAUCGCUUUAAAUAAUGGAAAUCUUAUGAAAUUUGGAGGGAAACAAAGAAUCACUUCAUUCGCUGAUGAAAAAAUGCAAGACUAUAAUCCAAAAAUAUGUCAACAAAUUAAAAAUUUGAACGUUGAUCUGUUUUAAGGGCAGUCUUUGUUUUAUUGAUAACCGCUCGACUAUAUUUAGUAGUCUCAUAAACCACAUGUUAUUGUUCUGUCACGGAUUAUCACUUUUACACAUCAUGUAUUGUUGUGUUCAUACCAUAUGUAUGUAGGGAAAUUCCAUGUGUGUAUGCACAUGUAAAUCCCCACGACUUCAUGUUUCACAGAUGAAUGUCAGAUAUUCCUUGAUAAUAUGUAUACUAAACAUAUUUUGUUUGUAUGUGUACAUAUAUAUGCUCAUUAUAUUGAAUAUAUCAAUGGAUUUUAUGUUUCCUCACAUGUACAAAAAGUUGCUUCAUAGUUUUUUCUCCGUGUGAGAUUCAUAGCAUUGUGUCAUAUGGUCUAGUGAUUCUUAAGUUUAAUAACACAUUGCUGUAUGUAACAUGAAAUAAUGUCAAUUUUGAAGUAUGUUUCAACAUGUCAUGAAAAAAAAGUGAAAAACUCUAAAGUUUAUCCUCAUUUUGCUUCAGUGUUUUGACAUCGUUUGUUGUGAAUCAUUAAACAAAAUAGGAGUUGUCAUUCCACAUAUCCUGAUGGAGCUUGAAGUUAUUCACAAAAGUCAUAUGUCAAAGGUCUUCUAUGUUUUUCGUGAGAAAGGCACUCCAAACACAUGUAAAAGAUUCUACAUUUGAAAAUCUUAUAGUGAAGUUUGUGUUUUCAUAUAUGAAUUCCAUAUAUAUUUCUGUAUAGUAGUUUUCACAUGUGUGCAAGAGGUCAAAGAUAUCAUCACUAACCAUCAUUAAGCAGAUUUUGAUACAUAAUCUAUACUGUAUAACUUAAAUAUAAUCAGAGAAAAUGAUAGGGCUAACAUUUAACCCCUGACCCCAGGUCUUGAGGUGUAAGUAGUGAACUUUGACCCUGUAGUGCCUGAGUGAGGUCAGCAGGUCUAUAUCUGAGCUGUUGCUGGUGAAAUAGGAUCAAGGGUCAACAUUUAACCCCUGACCCCCAGUAUUGAAGUGUUGCUAGUUAAGUGAGAGUCAAGGGUUCAACAUUUAACCCUUGUCCCAGGGUCCGAGGUGUUGCUAGUUAAGUGAGAGUCAAGGGUUCAACAUUUAACCGUUGUCCUAGGGACUGAGCUAUUGUUAGUUAAGUGAUGGUCAAGGGUUCAACAUUUUAACCUUUGUCCAAGAGACUGAGCUUUUGUUAGUUAAGUGAUGGUCAAAGGUUCAACAUUUAACCCUUACCUUCCAGCUAGCAAAGUGAGGACUGUAAGUUCCACAGGUAUGAUGUGUUGGUAGUGAGGUUAUACAUUUAACCCUUGACCCUCAGUUCUGAGAUGUCAGUAGUGAGGUCAAAGGUUCAAUAUGUAACCCCUGACCCCUCGGUAUGGGAAUAAGAACAUUUAAACCCUGACUUCCAGGUCUGAGUUUUUUUUAGUCAGCUGAGGGUCAUGGGUUUCACUCAUUGUUGUUGAUACUACUCACGUUGUGUAGCACUGUAAUGCUCAUAAAAUAAAUAACUAACAAUAA